AUUUGAGCAGUGUGAGGCUAUUACAUUUUUUGCCAACUUUUCGUUUGGUUAGCCUACAAGUUCACUACUCGCUGAUUUGCUGCAUCCGCCAUGACAGGUAGCCAGUGGAGGGAAGUCAGCAGGGGCGUGACGUGAGUAUUUGGGAAGGUUGAAGACCAGACGAGCUGCUGCAUUCUGGAUAAGCUGGAGGGGUCUGAUGGCGAACGCUGGGAGGCCAGCCAAGAGGGAAUUGCAGUAGUCCAGGCGGGACAGAACCAUCACUUGGACCAGGAGCUGGGUCGAGUAGGGGGUCACAUGUCAAUGAAGGAAGCCAAGCCCAGGCUCAGCGAGGCCCAGGCCUCGCAGCUGAUUGGCCGUCUCUUUGGGUUGACUGUGACAAAGUCCCGCCCCCUGCCUAGCUAUGAUGACCAGAACUUCCAUGUGGUGGUCAGUGAGGGAGGCGAGUAUAUUCUGAAGAUCAUGAACUCUGUGCUCAGCGAAGAUCUGGAUGUGCUGGAGCUCCAGACCUACGCCAUGUCCUUCCUGCACCAGCAUGGCCUGCCUGCACAAACCGCCCUGCCCUGCCUCACCGGGCCCCUGAUGAGUCUGGAGAACAUAGACUGUGGACAUGGCAGUCAGAAGUACUUGGUGCGAUUACUGACCUAUUUGCCCGGCACCACCAUUGCUAAGAUCCCCUGCUCCCCACACAUGCUGUUCCAGGUGGGAAGGACAGCAGCUACAAUGGACACCAUACUGCAGAAGAUGGAGCACCCCAAACUGGAAGCCCUGCAGCGGGGGAACUUCCUGUGGAAGCUGAGUAAUGUGCACAUGCUGGAGCCCUACCUGCCCGCGCUGGAGGGAGAAGAUGACAAGCGGAUUGUGAAGGACAUCUUGAAGAUGUUCCAGACACAGGUCCUGGUGAAUGUGAGCUCCUUCCGCAAGUGCAUAAACCAUGGGGAUUUCAACGAUCUCAAUAUCCUAGUGGAGCCAGACACUCAGUAUCCUAGUGGACACAAAAUCUCUGGGAUCCUGGACUUUGGGGACAUGAGCAGUGGCUACUAUGUCUUCGAGCUGGCCAUCACCAUCAUGUACAUGAUGAUUGAGAGCGAGAGUCCGCUGGAAGUGGGGGGCCCGAUGUUAGCAGGCUGGGAGAGUGUGUUCCCGCUGAAUGAGGCAGAGCGGGAUGCCCUCUACCUGCUGGUACUGGCCCGGUUCUGCCAGUCACUGGUAAUGGCCCAGCACUCAGUGACUCUGUACCCUGAAGACAGAGAGUACCUGCUGAUCACUACCCGCAAGGGGAAGCACCAUCUCCUCAGGCUCUGGAAGAUGGGCAAGGAGGCUGUGCUCACCAAGUGGGUGGAAGAUGCCAGGGCAUACUCAGGCAGGAAGUGAUGGUCUCUCGGGCUCCAUGAAAGCAGCAGUGUGAUUCUGCUCUUGGGUGUAGGUUUGCUUUAGUGUUCAUCAGGUAUCUUAUUGUCUCAGUAACCUGUAUGAAAAAGUGGAUUUUCUGUCAGUCAGAAAUUAUAAGGAAAUUAUA